CGGGUGAACCGGAGCCAUGCACGCGCCGGUAGCAGUCCCAGACCAGAAGUCACGGGGUUUGUGUCGCUUGUGUUCCAACUUCCGUGAGGCUGAGGCUGUGUCCUGUAACUCCUGUUCCUCACUCCGAGCCCUGAACUUAGGAUCCGCUUAGAGGUCCGAUUCGUACGGCGACAAACGAAGCACGCGUCCGUCGACAACUCAUUUUGUUUGUUGCGUAUGCCAUGCCCCGAAGAUGAAUGACGCAUUUUGUCUCCCCUGCCAGUCCCUGUUCGAGGGAGCCCCAGACUCAGAGGCAGACUGGACUGAGAAGUUCAGGCGCAAGCCGAUUCGGUCGCAUCGAGCUCACGGAGGCGCGGUCGCCCUGCGGGACUGUGCACAAACUCGAUGCCUUCUUUGCGCGGCCCUUUGGAAUGGACUGCCACGAAUGCACCAGGACAGGUGGCUAAAGGAAGACAAAGCUUCCUCAUCGGCCGAGCAACGAAAAACAAUUCCGUUCGAGGUCGAACUUUCCGAGUCCACAGGCUGUGACGGACCUUUUGUGGACAUCAAGAUAUACGGCGAUGACGCGGUUUCGGGCUGCCGCUUCCAUUUUGCAGCUCUCGACGGGUCAGAAACCGAAGCUCUUAUGGUGUCACCCUUGCGAUCGCAGGAUGAAUGCGAAUCAACCUCAUCCGACGAGUCAAUGCAGUGGGCGAAACAAAUGCUUGAGAAGUGCGAAGCUCACCACGAGAAAUGCCAGACCACGCCGCCGACGACGACAGGCCCGAGGUUACCGACCAGGCUCAUUUUUCUAGGCAAGCCGGGCGAAAUGCCGCGUUUGAUCGAGACGUCGGAAAAGCUGCUUGUACCCUGCUCACCGCCGCUCAGAUACACGACUCUAAGUCACUGCUGGGGGGAAGUCCAUCCCCCUAAACUGACGAGUGAAAACCGACGGCAAUUCUACAAUGGAAUACGAGGCCAGGAAUUACCAAAGUCUUUCACCGACGCCCUAAAUAUCACCAGGUUUCUCGGCAUCGAGUAUAUCUGGAUCGACUCUCUCUGUAUCAUCCAGGGUGACAAAGAAGAUUGGGAGCAUGAAUGUACACGAAUGGCCGACGUCUACCGGAAUAGCUAUUGCAACAUCGCGGCCCUUGAAGCUACCGAUAGUCGCGGCGGCUGUUUUCAACGGCGAGAUCUGACACUCCCCCGCCCCAUCGUCGUUGAAAGCAGAUGGCACGGUCAAGAUAAGGCUCUCUGGGUGUACAAACCGGAUCUGGCGCUCCGUCAGCUCGGUUGGGAGAUCGACGAUUCUCCGGUCCAUCGGCGUGCCUGGGUGCUCCAAGAGCGUCUAUUGUCACGGCGGAUUCUCCAUUUUGGGCGGAAGAUGAUAUAUUGGGAAUGCAAGGAACUGCUUGCCUCGGAAGCCGGCACGACGUUCGAUCCAGCUUCCCUGUAUCACUACCUACGUAACCCCCUUAGCUGCGACAUCGUAAACCCCGCGAGAUUAUCGCAAGAUGAGAUUUACAACCUCGUACGGGCAUGGAGUGAGACUGUCGUACGCCGCUACACGGGUGCAAGACUCACAUUCCAAACCGACAAAUUCAUUGCCCUUUCGGCCCUGGCUCGCGAACUGCACCAGAUCCUCAGCUUCGGGACCGACAGGGAAGUGAAAUAUCUUGGAGGACUGUGGAACCUAUUCCUUGAGCGCCAGCUGCUGUGGAUCGCGCUUUACCCUGAGACAACCACGAAGCUUUCGCAUAUUACUGACGGCGUAACGGCACCGUCAUGGUCUUGGGCCUCGCUCAACGGGCCUGUGGAAAUAUUUUCCGGUGGGAGAGAUGACUUUGAGCUGGUCGCCCACGUUACCGGUCAUACUCUUACCCCCAACUCCGGCGAUCCUUUUUUCGGACCUGCGGCGCAGUCGAAGAGCGUGCUUGAAAUCACAGGUCUCUGCUGGAGACUCGCCGCUUCGGAAGGUACCGAAUAUCCGAUAGUCCUUAAUCUGAAUUUGGAUUCCGCCGGGGACUCCUCGGCGGCCAGGACCGCCAGCUUGUUACUACCAAUUGCUAUUAACCUUCAGCAGCGCUACGUAGUAGGCUUGAUGCUGCGGGAAGUAGAACACAUGGAAAGCACCACGUCGUAUGAAAGGGUGGGCGGCUUCGUCUUAGCCGGCUUUUCAGCUGACCAGAGUCCCGCUGGAAGGUGGCAGGCGUGGCUGGACAAAGCUAUCGACUUUCUUCUGGGACACAAAAUCAUCUGGCCGAGCCAACUGGGCGGCCAGCCCAACCAGGAUGCGACAGUCACCCGCGAUAUCAGGGAGAAGGCGACCACUCGUCAAACCAUCUACCUUGAGUGAUGCUUGCAUCCAUUCAUAUCUAGUUACCUACACUGGCAUCAGCCGGAUACAAAAAGUGCGCCGGCAGGAUGAACAGCGUACCCCAGCAGACGGCACUCCGCUACGCUGCAGUACACCUUGGUCCUAUCCGCCGGAAAAUUCGGAAUCCUCCCGGCGUUCUGCAACUUCUUGGUAUACCCAAACAGCACGACCCCCUUCACCUGCUCGCGGAUCCCGGCCGCCAGCUCGCCGACCGCGCU